UCCCCUUGACUUGCCAAGUUUGACUAUGUUCAUUUGUUGGGUGUAACUUUUGACAUAUUACAAGGCUAACUAAUAACUAGCGUACAUUUUAGCUUAGCACCGCUCCACAAACUUGCACACGAUUUCCGCUCUAUCUUUUCUUUUUGGAGGAAGUUGGAUAAAAGUUUUCCUAUAUGGAAUUUAUUCGCAAUAUUUCUUCUCCUGAUCCUGAGUUUGUUUUCAGCAGCAUGUUUUCAGAGACAUGAGAGCAAAGGGUUGUCUGCUUUAAAAGAGUUGUGCAGUAGCAGCUGAUUCAGUCGUCCACUUCAGUUCAGCUCCAAAUCAUUAAAUAUCUAGUUAUUCAAUUUAUGUACUAGUUAGUCAAGAUAUUAUUACGAUUUAAACCUUAUCUGUGAUAUCAUCGCAAUGUAUUCGAUGGUUGUGAUCCAACCAUUUUUGGUGGUAAUGCGUCAGCACAAAUCACGUUCAUUUAGGCAGUAAAUGAUCCCAGCUCAAUCAAACACAACUUCGCUAAUCUCAAAUUGAGAUUCUUGCAGUUGGGCGACAAUAUUUCAAAUAGAUCGAUAUUAUGGAGGUGGAUAUACAUUCUAACCAUUGUGAGAAAUGCAUAAAUUAUGUGCAAUGCAACAAGAUGAAAAGUUUGAGAAAGUCGCGUGGAGAGGAGUACGUCUGCUGUCCCAUAAUCCGCUGCAGGUUGCAAUGUGGUCAUCAAUUCCACCAGUGCAAAACUUACGAACAUGAACUUCUCUGUCCCAAAGUACGACUUCCGUGUAUAAACAGCACUUUUGGCUGUCCACUUGUAAUGGAGAGAAGAAAGAGGGGGCCACAUUUGGCAACGUGUCCUGCAAGCGUCUUGGUUUGCACAAUGGAAUGGAACAGGUGGCCUUUGCCUCCAGGAAAAACUCAACCAUUCCAUAUGAAUACUGCUCAGUUGGAUGUCGCUUCUACGGUAAGAGACCAGAAAACGUUGGCUGCAUGGAAAGAAUUUGUCCCACCGACGCUGCGUUGCUUGCUCAAAACAUACAUGAAUGAUCGUAACCCAGUCAUGCCAUUGGGUGUUUCUGGACUCAGAAUACCAAAAUCAAUUCUAAACCAGGCAAUAAUUGAGCAUAAUCUGGAUAAUGAUCACUCUGAAUCUACAGAAUCCGAACUUGCUACUGAAUCCGAAAGUUCUGAUUCUCCAUGGGGUUGGAAAAAAUGCCCCCCCGGACUACAAGAAAGUGUUUGCAACAAACUCAAAUCCUUAAAUGUGGCUCAAUCCGUAGACAGCAAUCAAAAUGGGAUACAAUUUGGAAACAUGAUUGAUAUCGGUGCUACUAAAAAUGGUCCUACUAUAGAAUCAAUCAAGUCUUCUAACAAUGGGUGCUCAGAAAACGGGGUAGCUAACGGACAUUAUAAAAACGAAUCUCAUGAAAACGGUGGUAGUGGUGCGAUAAGAAAAAAACAUGUGGACCUGAGUUUGAUGGUGGAAGUGAGAACAAAAUGUCACAGGAAACCAGAUGCCCUGUUCACUUUCAUGUGCUGCAGAGAAUUUAGACGAGAUGAAUUUCCGGACCACUUCAGUCACAUUCACAGUCACAUUCAUACCCAACUGAAUGGCUGGUUGUUUACACGAUGCCCAAUGGCGACGCUGGGAUGCGAUUUCGGUCUUGAGCGAAUGCAACCUAUCGACGAAAAUUACAAUGUGAUUUACAAUCGUACAUCAGAUUCAUUUUGUGUUCGUCAGAAAUCUACAAGCCAAGAUACUCAUAAUACUUCCAGCUCUCUACACUCCUCCACAAAGUCACAAAACUUGAAUUUGGAUAUUACCCAAGAAGUCACCUCAAAGACUGACGAAAACAUGGUCUCACUCUCUAGUCUUCCUUUUGAAUUGUUGGUGCAUCUAACGAAAUAUCUCGACCCACUUAGUCUCAACUCUUUGUCCUUGACCAACCAAAUCCUUCGAGAUGCAUGUUCCUGCGUGGUGGUUGACCGAGGGAUCGUAGUUUUGCAGUGGGAGAAAAACCCAGACGGACAACUUGGUUGGGAAGUCGCAGAAAAAAAAUGGAUAUUUUCUUCUGCAUUUUCGCCAAUUCGCACAUGGAAAUUUGGGGAACCUGGGCGUAUGAUCAACCACAUGAAAACAUGUCCAUUUUUUGAACGGAACGUUCCAUCUAAACCAUUUGCAUAUCCAGUCACAAUGGAGCAGCUAUAGUGUACGACUCCUUAUACAUACAUACAGACCUAUGUUGUUUCCUUUGCAGUGCUAUGUCGACAAUCAGUAUUAUAUGCAUUAUUACGCAAUUUAUGUCACAAAAACGAAUAAAAAGCGCAAUUGUCUCGUUUCAA